CAACGUGCGCACGGGCAACUGAAAUUGAGACACUACUGCGCAUGGCACAUGUUACCUGCUGAAAUUUAUCAUCUAUCAAAAGUGUAUUUUCAUUCGUUGAGUUAACGUUAGAAAUCACAAGUCUAUUCCCAUGUGUAAAUAAUUCUUUAUUUAAGAAAUCGUCGCCAUCUUUAUUGUGGUAAGUUUCUUAGGAAAUUAGUUUUUGCUAUUUGAAGUUGUAGUGGCUUGAUAUCCGGCGUGUCUUCCGUGUAGCAGUCUAGCUUGUUGGAGAACGAAAAUUUUUGCCAUCAUUAAAUAUGGUCAUGGCCAAUAACAAUGAGCUUGAUGUCCCAUCAGCUCAGCAUGUGGGACGCGAAUUUGUGCGUCAGUAUUACACCCUUUUAAAUGAGGCUCCAUAUCAUCUGCACAGGUUCUACUCUCACAACUCUUGCUUUGUCCAUGGUGGUGUUGAGAAACCUGGUGAAGAGCAGCCACCUGUCAUGGGACAAAGUGAGAUUCACAAAAAGAUCCUGUCACUGAACUUUAGAGAUUGCCAUGCAAAAAUAAGACAGGUUGACAGUCAGGCCACCGUUGGUCAGGGAGUGGUGGUGCAGGUUACUGGAGAGUUGUCCAAUAAUGGAGAGCCGAUGCGGCGCUUUAUGCAAACAUUUGUAUUGGCCCCUCAAUCCCCCAAGAAGUAUUAUGUCCACAAUGAUGUGUUCCGUUACCAAGAUGAAGUCUUCCUGGAUGAAGAAGAUGAAGAAGAAGAAGUGGAGCAGCCCUUGCCUGAGACUGUGAAUGGUGGACAGUCAGAAGAACAGGCACCAGAGGCAGUCUCCACUUCCUAUGAGCAGUCACAAACCUUGAGUAAUGGUACUGUCCAUGAAGAGGAUGUGGAUCCCACAUCAGUUGCUGCUGCUGAAGAUACAUUUGCUUCUGAGCCUGAGCAGAUUGAGGCGGAUACUGAGGCAGCAGAAAGUUCGGAAGAGCCUAUCUUUGAGAAGCCAGAAGCUAAACCUGUUGAGGAACCUGAGCCUGAGCAGAUAGUGGAAACAACAAAGACCUUCUCCUGGGCAGCAAUAACGAGUAAAAACACUCAAGCCUCCACAGUCUCAGCCCCUCCAGUUCAGAUGAAAACAAUGCCUACACGAAUGGAGACCAAAGGUGAUUCCACUUCUAGUGCAACAGUUGCCUCUCCUCCAUCAGCAGCUCAAGCUUCUAGUCUUAGUAGCCAUCCACCACAGCCACAGCGAGGACCCAAGGUUUCAAAAGAGAACCGCUUUGUGGAGCGUGACAGAACCAGCAUCGGUCGAGGGGAAGAAGGUGAUGGAGACAGCAUUUCAGGGCGUCGUGGUGGUGGUGUUAAGUACCCUGACAGCCACCAGCUCUUUGUUGGUAAUCUUCCUCAUAACAUCACUGAGAGAGAGCUGAAAGUCUUUUUUGGACAAUAUGGAAAUGUGGUGGAGCUGCGCAUUAACACAAAAAGUAGUGGUGGAAAACUUCCAAACUUCGGAUUUGUUGUGUUUGAUGCUCCUGAGCCUGUGCAAGAAAUCCUCAAGCAGAAGCCAAUAAAAUACAAUGGUGAGCAUCGCCUGAAUGUGGAAGAAAAGAAACCUCGUGGUGGAGAUGGCCGACCCGGUGGUGGUCGUGGGGCCCCUCGUGGUGGGGGUGCUGGUGGUUUGGGCAGAGGGAGUGCCCAGUUUGGCAACACUGGCCGUGGUGGCAUGAAGGGUGGCUUUAGUCGUCCUGCUGACGGUGAGCGACGUGGAGUUGGCGCUACUGGCCCACCGCGUGGAAGUCUGAACCAACCACCACAGCGGCGCUGAAUGUGGGACUUCACUACCAUGGUGCUGUCCACCUGCUUGUCUUCUUCCCUCAUCCAGCACUUGUGCAAACUUGAAGUUGACUUUCCUGAAACCAGAACUUAAAGUGUGUGCGUGAAAGCAAAUAAAUGUGCAACUCUGUCAUGCAAACAAGAACAAGAUGUAGAGUGAAAGCAGGUGUGAAUUUUGGAACAGGUUGUGGCCUUGACAUACCAGUAACAUAGCAUCUGAUUUGCAGGAUAGUUUAAAAAAAAAAACCUAGCACCAUUGAAGAUGGUCAAAAUUGUAAAAUUGCUGUUCAGACAAAGUUCUUGACAGGUUUUCAGUCAAAGGGUAUCUUUUAGUUGUUUCUAUUUUUCUAUUUUGCACAACGGAAAGACCUUUGAGGAAUUACUAUUUCAUGAUAGAUUUAUCUGUUUAUCAUAUCAAUGUACAUGAUGGCCAUUUUUCAUCUAUAUCCUCAGGCUUGCAACUCUAUUUUAGGAGUAGUCAUUUGACCAUUGGUGGAAGAUUUAAGGGUCAGUAAAAAUUAAAAUUCUGGUUUCCCACCUACAUCACACAUUGGCUUAUGUUUUGAAAUUAGUUUUGAUUUGAAUAGUUGCAUACUUGUCCUUCCUAAAGAUGACUACCUCUUAUCCUUCCAGGAUUACUUAUUAGGGUUAGAAACUGUUACUGUCUUUUUUUUUUUUUUUUUUUUUUGAAAACUUAAAAAAUCUAUUGGUUUAUCUUGCAAAUGGUGCUGUUUUCUGGUUUGUCGGUGUGCAUGCAGAGUUGCAUUUCUUAACUUUAAAAAAAACACAAAAUUGAGAUAAGACCUUUCAGAUGCAGAAGUGACAUUGCAAAUGUAUGUGCAUAAAAAAAUCUUUCAGAAUGUUACAUCACAGAUGUACUUUGUCAUAUAAGGAAGCUGGGGAGGAUUUAUUUUCAUAUCACUGGUAUGUACGAGGGUAUUGGGAGGAAAGUAACGGGAGAAAGCAUGCUGUUAUAUGAUUGUGUAAUGGUACAUGCUCAUCUUUCAUUUCACUGUGACUAUGCAAGUCCUAAACCCUUGUUAGUUUUUUUAAUUUUGUAGUUUUUUUCCUGUUUGUUUCAGUGUGUUUCAUUUUUGCUUAGGAUACAAAGUUAACAUCUUAUUAUUGUGGCAGAAGAAAGUAACAGGUUUGUCCACUUAAAAUCCUCAGUAGAGGAUACGUCAGCUGCAUUUUGAAUGCCAUGUGUGGAGUGUUUUCCCUCAGUUUGUAUGACUGUAUUUUUUUGGAUGAAAAUGUAGCUCGGUACUAACUGGAAAGAGGGUGGGGGAAGGUUGCAUGUUCAGCUUGUUUGCAUCUUUUUUUGGGGGGAGUGUGUAUUAGACAAUUUUUUAAUUAAAACAGGUUUACUUACGUUUAACACAGAUGACUGAUUUUGUGGUGACUUGUUAGAUCACAAAUCCCUCCUUUCUCCUUAUGUGUGCCCAGAUUUUCCACCAAGUUCUCAUCUCAAUGAAGUUUUUAAAGAGAAGCUAGACUUCCAGAUGAACACGGUGCAUGUGUUCUUAGAUCAUGUUUGUAGUUUUUUUCCGGGGUUGGCGGUUAGUUUUUGUCCUGAUGGUUUUAUGAUGGCAAAUAUUGUUUAUCAACUCUGUGGUGGGAUUUGUUAAGGAUGUUCUUACGGUCUUUUGGCAGUCAUCAUGAUCUCUACCAUUCAUGGUCACCUAGCAUUAAAUAAACCAAAGUCUCUGCCAUUUCAGCUUAACUAUUUUGCAAAAUGUGCAAAGGCUGGCGAGAUUUUGUUUUUAUAAAAAGAAGGAAACAUGCAUCUUAGGUGUUGCUAAAACAGUUGAAUGUCAGUUUUGAUGUGUAUGAAAGGUAUCAGUGUGAGAUCUGGAUAUUUUGUAUGGUGACUAAAUCUUACACAGAAUGCUUAUAUCAAAUACGAUUAUUUGCAUACCAAAGGCAAGUGUGUAUAGUCAGACUGAAGGAAAAAGCCAGAGUUGGACAAAUAUGUGGUGUACCUGUUUGACUAGUUCUUGUGAUCUUAGGCACUUACAUGUUCUUUCCUGUAAUUUUUUUUCUCACCUGGCUUGUGUGCUAUCCACUUGCAUUGAAAUGCUGUGGUGUUGGCACCUUUGCUGUAACAGUGGUUCAACGCCUACCAAGUAAUACAUUUCAACAAGAGGUUGUGGGGCUUCUGUAAUGUGUAAUGUUGUGUUCUGUUCUUUCUGUUCUCUGGUUGUCUCAGAGAAUUUUUUUUUUUUUAUUUAUAAUUUUUUAAAAACUUCUGUUCCCAGUCCUGUAUUGUGAAGUGCAAGUGUGUAGAUUGAUAUGGUUUGCCAAAAGUAUGAAUUUACCAAGAAAAAAAAACCCAAAAAAGAGUGAGUGAAAAUUAUGUUUUGUAUCUUCUCAUUUGACUUGGUCACUUUUUAAAAAAAUUUAAGUAUCAUAAGUUCAUGUAGGUGAUUGGGGGAGGGAAGUUCUUCCAUGGUCCCUUGAAUCCCCUUUUCCUGCAUUGUGAUUUGCCUCCCACCCUGUCUAAUCUUCUUUUCCCUGAAGUUAAGGUGCAUGGUUUAUUUUUGGCAGCAUAGCAUUAAAGUUGUGUAGAAUAUUUCUGGGUGUAUGGAACAUCUUCAAUUCUCCCACACAAGCGAAACAGCAGGAAAAGUGAAGACUUGUUCAUUUCUAUGUUGCAGUAUUAAUUUUUAUGUUGGUAAUUGCACAAAGAUAAUGAUUGCAAAUGUUAAAUAGGUAACAGAGGAGGCAAUUUUGGUUUGUAAGUAAAGUGCUGAAGGAAUAGUUCUUUUUCAAUUUCUCUUCAUUUGAUUUUUGGCAUAGUUGUAUUUUUUCCAAUGUUGGAGACAGUUAUAGCUGAGCUUAAUAUUACAUGGCCCACUGUAGACUAACUUUUCAGCUGCAGUGGCACUUACUAACACUACCUAGCGGCUGUCUCUUCCAAGCUGUUUGGAUUGUUUGUACUCGCAUAAUCAGGGUAUGUUUGUAAAAGAGCAGUUUAGGUCAUGACAGCUGGCAUCUAGACAUUUCUGCACCGCACCUGUUAAAAAUUACUUGUGGAGAUUGGUUGCAGGAGCUGAUACUGUGGGAUGUAAGCAAAGCACCUAGUGGCGAUAAAUGGGAGAAAGUACAUGGCACAAUGUUAAUAGCUGAUCCUUUAGGUCUUUGCCAUAGCUAGAAACCAGUGGCUUCUGGGACAGGUGUGGUGCAGGAUAUUGUAUUUUGUUGAAGGGAGAAAACUGCGUCAGCUGUAGAAUGGUAAGGACCACUGCCGGCUAGCAGCAGACCAUGUGACAUCUGGAAGUUGUUGACUGUGCAAGUCUCAUUUAAAAAUGAGAAGCUUAUUCUCACAGAAUCGCUCUUUAUGUUGCAUUGUGUUUUACUUGGGGUGGGGGCAAAAUGAAAAUUUUAUGGGUGACUGCCAAUUGGAAGAUUUCUUUAAGACUUAUGUUGUUUUGAUCUUUGAAAUAAGGAUAAUUGUGAAAGGUAUAGUAUUUUUCAAAGCACUUGAGCGAUUUUAUAAGAAUAGCCAAAUACAAAAAAUGUUAAAAUCUAAUUUUAUUCAUGUCGGUUUCAAUCUAGGUGGGGCAGAUCUGUACAGGGCAGCCUGCCUUUCUGUGGGCAGCUGCUGCUUUACUGUGUAUGGUAGGGGGCGAUGAGAGGCUGAUUAAAAGAUCGUGUACAUUGUCGUGAAUGGCUUGCUUUGCUGAUGAAUGUACUGUUAGUGAAGAAUCAUCUUUUUACCUUCUUAAAGGACUGUUCUCUGCAUGAGUAAUGAACGAAAUUUGAUUGGUUGUUUAUCAUCAUCAUUGUUACCAUAUUCUGAAUUUGUUAAUGUAUGCAGUUCUAAACUUAGAAGACAUCUUGGAAAGUAUAGACCAAAAGUGGAAUUUUAGCUCUGUAAUCGCAAGUUCCAGGAUCACAGAUUCUGUAAAUUUUAAAUGCUAUUAUUUGGCUCUUCUAUAGUAUUUGUAGCUUCUUUUAUGGGAAAGGUUAAAGGGAAACAUGUCAUAACCUUAGGACAAUAAUGUGUCCAUAGUUUUAGCAUCAUAAUACCAACACUUAGCAUGGGAAUGAAAAUGCCAUCAGUUUGUGAAUGCUGUUGUGAAAGUAAAAUGUUCUUUGUCCAAUAAAUUAUUUGUUGUUUUCUGGAAAA